AUGCUGUCAGCCAGAGCAACUUCGAAGAAGGCCAUAAGUCUCUCGCGAGGCGCCACGAGAGGCCUGGCCACCGUUCAGGAUGGAGGCGCCGCCCGAACCUAUGGCGGGCUGAGGGACCAGGACCGGAUUUUCCAGAACCUUUACGGGCGAUACCCGGCCAACCUCCAGAGCGCCAAGAAGAUGGGUGAUUGGCACAAGACAAAGGAGAUUCUCCUCAAGGGCGACGAAUGGAUCAUUAGCGAGAUCAAGGCCUCUGGUUUGCGUGGACGAGGCGGCGCAGGCUUUCCCUCCGGUCUCAAGUGGUCCUUCAUGAACUUCAAGGGCUGGGAAAAGGACACGAAGCCGCGGUACCUGGUGGUCAAUGCCGACGAGGGCGAGCCUGGCACCUGCAAGGACAGAGAAAUCAUGCGGAAGGACCCCCAUAAACUCGUUGAGGGAUGUCUUGUCGCUGGUCGGGCGAUGAACGCUACCGCUGCCUACAUCUAUAUUCGUGGCGAAUUCUACCAUGAAGCUGCCAUUCUUCAAAACGCGAUCAACGAAGCCUACUCAGCCGGCCUCAUUGGCAAGAACGCCUGUGGCUCUGGAUACGACUUCGACGUCUACAUUCAUCGUGGUGCUGGUGCCUACGUCUGCGGAGAAGAGACGUCCCUGAUCGAGUCUAUCGAAGGAAAGCCCGGAAAACCAAGACUCAAGCCGCCCUUCCCUGCCGCGGUCGGCGUCUUCGGCUGCCCCUCGACUGUGGCCAAUGUGGAAACUGUUGCUGUUGCGCCAACCAUCUGUCGCCGUGGAGGAAGCUGGUUCGCUGGGUUUGGCCGCGAGCGCAACCAGGGCACGAAGCUGUUCUGCAUAUCGGGCCACGUGAACAACCCUUGCACCGUUGAAGAAGAGAUGUCGAUUCCUCUCCGCGAGCUGAUCGAGAAACACUGCGGUGGAGUCCGAGGUGGCUGGGAUAACCUCCUCGCUGUUAUUCCUGGCGGCUCUUCAACUCCCAUUCUGCCCAAGAGUGUCUGCGAUGACCAGCUGAUGGAUUUCGAUGCCUUGAAAGAUAGCCAAUCGGGUCUGGGAACAGCGGCUGUCAUCGUCAUGGACAAGAGCGCGGAUGUUGUUCGUGCCAUUAGCCGCUUGAGCCACUUCUACCGCCAUGAGAGUUGCGGCCAGUGCACACCAUGCCGUGAAGGCAGCAAGUGGACUGAGCAGAUCAUGAGCAGAUUCGAAAAGGGCCAAGGUCGAGAGAGGGAAAUCGACAUGCUUCAGGAGCUGACGAAGCAGGUUGAGGGUCACACUAUUUGUGCUCUUGGCGAAGCCUUUGCCUGGCCUAUCCAGGGCCUGAUUCGCCAUUUCAGACCUGAGCUGGAGGCUCGAAUGGAGAGGUAUGCCAAAGCCACAGGGGGUCCGGCUCUGGCUGGUGGGUGGGAGCAUGAUUCAAGGGCUCAUGGGAAACUGGUUUCUCCUGGUCAAUAG